AGAGCAUGAUUCAACAUAACGCCGGCAUGUUUACGUAAAACUGUUAGUGCUAGCAUUAGCUUGCUAGGCUACAUAACGCUUUGUUACCUGCUUUCGAGCCGUAUCGUAUUAAAAGUACAUGAACAUACCUCAAGUAAUCCUUAAAUUAAUGUAAUUUCUCGAGCACCGGUCACCACACGUUUUCCCCCAUUGUGUUCUUAUAAUACACGCGUUGCGAUGUCGUCGCCAUGGUAACGAGUGUAUCUGGUUGCGUUUGAGUUGACAAGAUAAAGCCCUGUGAUCAUAAGACGGGAUGCUAAGAUUUUAUUGCAGGAGUAUGACAGUGCAAUCAUAAAAGACCAAAUUUGUCUUGUAGACUGAUCCACACAUUACGUGUCUGUCUCAAGACGUGUUGUCUGUCCCACACCGCCGACAUGCUUUAACAAAAAAUAACUUUAUUGGAUGUCAGAUAUUUACAGCACUACGUCAAAAGACACGCGGCAAGGCUAAACUAGCUUUUGGAUUCAAAUAUACUGUACACCAGUGAUUCCCAACCAGUGUGCCGUGGCACAUUAGUGUGCCGUGAGAGCUCUUCUGGUGUGCCGUGGGAAAUGAUCAAAUUUUACGUAAUUGGUCAGAAUAUUAUUUAUUUACAAAAAAUGUCUCUUUGUUCACCUAUCUACCCCACCAGCAUAUAAAGACAGAUAGAAAAAAUAAAUACUCUUUUAUUAGAUGGCACAAAGUGUAUAAUUGACUUGUGUAUCCACUUUUAGUGGCAUUUUUGUUUGUUGGUGUGCCGUGAGAUUUUUCAAAUGUAAAAUAUCUGCCUUGGCUCAAUAAAGGUUGGGAAUCACUGCUGUACACGAUGGCGACGCGGAGUAAAUAUCUUUUGCGGAGCUGAUCAAUUAUGUCAUUGAUCGGCUUGGCAAAUUAUGACAAAGCCGAUCAGCAUAAAAUGCUAAUUAUCAGCCGAUACCGAUAAAGCCGAUCAGGUCGGUGUAAAGUCUAGUGUAUACAUGAUGUGCACUACAUUUAAUCGGAAAAGCUGUGUGACAUGCGCGCUUUGUUCUCAAUAUGUCAUUGAUCAAGGUGGAGGUCUGUCUAUUCAGCACAGUAGUUGGGAUUUUUUUUAUACGUUUAUUUAAAAAACAAAAAGCUUGAACAACUUAUAAGUAGUUACAAACAACAUCUUCACAAACGAGCUCCGUCUGGAGCCGCCAUAUUUACGUCGAGACGAAGCACGCGCAGGCGAUAAUUCUGAACAGUUUGGCAAAAUUAGUAGUUCACCCCUGUCAAACCGAAUGACAUUGAGGUGUUUAUAUGGAGCAUUUUCAUUCGGCUUGGGCUUCUAAACCAGUUAUAAUCAGAAUAGAAGGCCCCAUAUAAACCAGGCUAGUCUUGCAGCUCUAUUCUUUAUUUCAGACCCAGAGGGAUCCAUAUCACAGGGUAAAGAAAAAACUAUUUAAUAGGGAAGCAAGAAAGGAAGGAAUAAUAACUAUAAUAAUAAAAAUAAGAGUGACUGAUUUAAAAGCAAUAAAAAAAUAAUAAGGGCGGGUCUUAUUUUUAAUAAUUUCAGAGGCAAUAAUCAAACUAUCGUUUAUCGUGGUAAGUUUUGGGAAAAUAUAUCGCCCUAAAAGAAAGCGGAUACAAAACUGGGUCAAACAGAAGUAUCUGUAAGAGAGGCCUUUUCUGGACACUUGGAUGACAAAACGAAGGUGUUUUUUAAAAAUCAAAUUGACACUUAUACUAAGUCCAUGUAAGAGAGUCACUUUAUGGAGGUCUAAAUAGCCAAAAUAUGGGACCUUUAAGUCUGGCAAGUGACAAUAUUCAAAGUUAUUUUGAAAAUAUAUAUCUUAAAACUUUGCCAAACAAAUCUGAGAAAGAAUUCCAUACCGGAUCGGUUGUGGCCCGGGUUAACAACGUCCAACACCGGCGCCGUUAACCUACAGGGAACUGCUUGAAAUUCAGCUACUGUGGGUCUAAGAUGAAGGAGAGGUGGAAAGCGGGUUCUUAGGCAGAAACAGAAGAGCAAAGCACAGGGCCUAGAACUGAAUGUGGGGACUUCGAAUAUUGGGACUAUGACAGGAAAAGCUUGGGAUUGGGUUGACAUGAUGAUUAGGAGAAAGGUUGAUAUAUUGUGUGUCCAAGAAUGGAAUGGCAAUAAGGGUAGAAGUUUAGGGGCAGGGUUCAAAUAAUUUUGCCAUGUUGUAGAUGGGAAGAAAAAAUGAGUCAGGGUUAUUUUAAAGGAAUAGUUGGUUAAGAAUGUCUUGGAGAUGAAAAGAGUAUCCAAGCGAGUGAUGAGGCUGAAACUUGAAAUUGAGGGUGUUUUCUGUAUAAUGUGAUUAGUGGCUCUACCCAACAGGUAGGAUGUGACUUAGAGGUGAAAGAGAAAUUCUGGAAGGACCUAGACGAAGUAGUUCUGAGCAUCCCAGACACAGAGAGAGAGAGAGUCGUGAUUGGUUUAGAUUGUAAUGGACAUGUUGGUGAAGGAAAUGGGUGAUGAAGAAGUCAUAAGUUUGGCAUUCAGGAAAGGAACUUGGAGGGACACAUGGUGGUAGACUUUCAAAAAAGGAGUGAAAUGGCGGUAGUGAACACCUUUUUCCAGAAGAGACAGGAACAUAGGGUGACCUACAAGAGCGGAGGGAGACUCACGCAGGUGGAUUGCAUCUUGUGCAGAUGUAAUAUGAAGGAGGUUACUGACUGUAAGGUAAUGGUAGGGGAGAGUAUGACUAGCCAGCAUAGGAUAGUGGUGUGUAAGAUGACUCUUGUAGGGAGGAAAAUUAAGAAGACAAAAGCAGAGCAGAGAACCAUGUGGUGGAAGCUGAGAAAGGAAGAGUGUUGUGUGGCUUUUCGGGAAGAGCUGAGACAGGCCCUCGGUGGACAGGAGGAGCUUCCAGAAGACUGGACCACUACAGCCAAGGUGAUUAGAGAGACAGGCAGGAGAGUACUUGGUGUAUCUUCUGGUAGGAAAGGUGAGAAGGAGAAUUGGUGGUGCAACCUCAAAGUACAGGAAAUCAUACAAGGAAAGAGGUUGGCUAAGAAGUAGUGGGACACUGAGAGGACUAAGGAGAGGAGAAAGGAGUACACGAUGUGACGUAGGGCGAAGGUAGAUGUGGCAAAGGCCAAAUGAGUGAUAUGGUCACAUGUAUGCCAGGUUGGACACUGAAGGAGGAGAAAAAGAUCUAUACAGGUUGGCCAGACAGAGGGAUAGAGAUGGGAAGGUUGUGGAGCAGGUUAGGGUGAUUAAUGAUAUGGAAAUGUGUUGAGUGGUGCCAGUAGUGUGCUGGAUAGAUGCAAAGAAUACUUUGAGGAGUUGAUAAAUGAGGAAAAGCUAGAUCCAUUCCACACAUCCACCAUCCACACACAGAUGUAAUUUCUGAAUAUUACUCCGGCGCUCUGGCGGCACGGUGGCCGACUGGUUAGAGCGUCAGCCUCACAGUUCUGAGGACCCGGGUUCAAUCCCCGGCCCCGCCUGUGUGGAGUUUGCAUGUUCUCCCCGUGCCUGCGUGGGUUUUCUCCGGGCACUCCGGUUUCCUCCCACAUCCCAAAAACAUGCAUUAAUUGGAGACUCUAAAUUGCCCGUAGGCAUGACUGUGAGUGCGAAUGGUUGUUUGUUAUCUGUGCCCUGUGAUUGGCUGGCAACCAGUUCAGGGUGUACCCCGCCUCCUGCCCGAUGACAGCUGGGAUAGGCUCCAGCACGCCCGCGACCCUGGUGAGGAGAAGCGGCUCAGAAAAUGGAUGGAUGGAUGGAUGGAUGGACUCCGGCGCUCUAAUAUGUGAGCGCAUCGGCCUGAGGUUCCACCUGUGCGCUCGGGACCUGCUUUGGAUAAGUCACAGGAGUUGACGACACCAGAAAAAAACACGCCGCUUCUGCUGUUAAGAAGUAACGGUACUUUUACUCCGUUACAUUGAUCUAAAUGUCGCUUGCCACUUUUAUUUAUCAAUUAUUGCUUAUCAACUCUUUCAUGCGCAAGACUACAACUUCGACUUCCACAUUGGGCGCUGUUUGCUCCAAUCCAAUUUAAGCGCGAGUGACGUUUGUCUAGUUCACCAAUCAAACGACACCGAAAGUCACAUGACUCCACAUCGUCUUCUAUUGGGCUUCCUGGGCAUGGGUAUUAACACUAGAUAAGCCAGCCUGGCUGACCGUCGUGCCUCCGUGGCCACCAUUUUGGGAAGGUCGUCGUUACCAUGAAGGCAAUGGCGCGUUACACUGUCUGUCCAAAUGUGGAUAUAUUCACCCUACGUAUAACUUGAGAAAACGUCUUGCAGUAAAUUGCAGAUGUUGUAGUUUUGGCUGUGCAUACACACACGCGCGCGCGAACACACACACGCACAACAGAAUUUGCACAUUCACAUUUUAUUUUGUCAUUGUUAUUUUAUUGAGCCGGCAGGGUGGGCGACUGGUUAGCACACCUGCCUCACAGUUCUGGGGACUGGGGUUCAAUUCCCGGCCCCGUCAAUGGGGAGUUUGCAUAUUCUCCCCGUGCCUGGGUGGGUUUUCGCCGGGCACUCCGGUUUCCUCCCACAUCCCAUAAACAUGCGUGGUAGGUUGAUUGGAGACUCUAAAUUGAACGUAGGCGUGAAUGUGAGUGCGAAUGGUUGUUUGUCUCUAUGUCGGUUUGUUUUGUUUGAUAUGUCGGUUGAAGGGCUGCAGACCGGAUAUCGUAAGGCUAGGAAUCUGUUGCCUGAGGCUUUAUGGUUUUCAUUAGACUUUACUGAUCUGAUCUUUUUGAUCGGUAUUGGCUGAUAAUUAGCAUUUUAUGCUGAUUGGCUUUGUCAUAAUUCGGCGAUUCGAUCAAGGACGUCAUUGAUCGGCUCUGCAAAAGACAUUUACUCCGUGUCGCCGUGUACAGUAUAUUUGAAUCCAAAAGCUAGUUUAUUUUUAGCCUUUUCACGUCUUUUGACAUAGUACUGUAAAUAUCUGACUGCCAAUAAAGUCAGAUUAUUUUUUUUUAAUGUCGGCGGUGUGGGACAAACAACACGUCUGAGACAGACAACGCAUAAUGCGUGGAUCAGACGACAAGACAAAUUUGGUCUUUCACGAUUGCACUGUCAGACUACUGCAAUAAAAUCUUGUAUUCUGAUACCACAGCAGCCCAUCUUUUACGAUCACUGGACUUUAUCUUGUCAACUGACCGGAUACACUCGUUACCAUGGUGACAACAACAACAAUGGAUCGCGCUGCGUGUAUUAUAAGAACAAAAUGGGGAAAAACGUUUGGUGCUCGGGAGAGGAUGUUCAUUUCAGGAUUGCUUGAGGUAUGUUCACGUACUUCUAAUACGAUACGGGUCGCGACCAGGCAACAAAACGUGUAGCCUAGCAAGCUAGUGCUAGCACUAAUGGUUGUACGGAAACAUGCCGCCGUUCUGUCGAAUCAUGCUCUAAAGUUUCGGUGUGUGUGAAGUAAUUUAAUUACAGUAAUUUAGCACCCAUUAUGUCUGUCAUUUUGUAAUGUUGGUUUGACCUGACUGAUUAGAGUACAUGACCUGACUAGAGAAUACUUUUGCAGAUACUCAGUAUACAGUACACAAGUCAUUUAAAUAGACACAUUGCUCCAUCUUGUGAUCGGAUCUGUGAUUGGUUAUCGGUUUUUUAAAUUCUGUCUUCGGCCCCAAACAUCCUGAUCAUGUGAAGCCUAGUUUUGAUCUCGUAAAACAAGGGCGAGAGGUCUCGCGCUGUGCUUUGCAGGUAACGUUAUGUUUACAACCAAACGCAGCAGUGCUUGGUACUUGCAACACUACUAGUUUAACUACGUUUCUCCGCCGUGUCACUAUUUCAACAUCAAAUAGCUUUUCAGUAGUUAAGCUACUUUCGUGGUCACGACGAUAGCAAAGUAGCAUUCCCCCAGGAGUUUUAAACAUUGAGUGCGACGUCACAUUACGUACCUUCUCAAGUUCGCUGCCGGCCCCGGUGUCAGCGGCGAACUUGAGAUAAGGUACCGUCCCAGAUUGUAAACAUGCAGGCAAUAUGGCAAAGGUAGGUACACUUCGGCAAUUUCCUUGGGCUGUAAUUCAGCAAACUAAUGCUUCUUCUCGAGUCCUUGCGGUCCACUUAGACCUUCAAGUUGGUACUGUGCGACCCUAAAAAGAAACUAUCGAGAGGACACAAAGCCAGGUAUGUCCUGAAACUUUGCGGAGUUUGCACGUUCUCCCCGUGCCUGGGUGGGUUUUCUCCGGGCACUUCGGUUUCCUCCCACAUCCCCAAAACGUGUGGUAGGUUGAUUGAAGACUCUAAAUUGCCUGUAGGUGUGAAGAUAGCUGGGAUAGGCUCCAGCAGCCCGUGACCCCACUGAGGAUAAGCGGUAAAGAAAAUGGAUAUUUAAAUAAUUAAUUUAUUUCAAUAGAAGAAAAUGUAAUUAUUUUUUACAGUGCCAUAAACAAAAAUGCUCAGGUUUAAGUGGCCUUUUACUGUACAUAUUUGAAAAUAAGGUUAGACAAAUAUUUUAUCGAAUUGGGUUAAGUCAAGGUUCUUUAUGAUUAGCACAUGUACAAAUGUUAACUAUAAUUUUUUUUUCUGCACUGGAUCGACAAUCGUAUCGCCCCCAUACUGAAUUGAAUUGAAUCGUUCCGCCCGAGUCGUUCACUAACCAAAAAGACAGAUGGCACUAAAUUUGACAUACAUAUAUCUUAUCGUGAAAAUCAGCUUUAUAGGUGCCACGUCUGUCCGUUUGUUUUGUGGUCGUCUGCUGCGGCAUAUAGACUAUUUAUAUUAUUAUAUAUAUAUAUUUAAUCACAUUCAUUUUAUAUACUAAAUAUUACACCGCAUGAAAUGUUUUGCAUUCUUUUCUCCUGAAUGCUCUGCCACUUUUGUCUUGCAGUCUUAACAGCUUUACAGGUGCCACCUCUACUGUUUCCCAUAAUAGCCCCCUUUCACACUGGGUGUAAAUGCUAUUUUAAUGUCAUGUAAGUGUGUUUGUGAAAGGGUACAGUCACACUUACGUGGCUGUGUUCUGUGUGAAAGGCACAGGCAGUGGCGGCCAUUUUGUGGGCUCUCUGUUUGGAACUAUCAGUCAUUGAAGUCAAUCGCAGUGGCACUGUACCACUCAGGGAAAAGGGGGCUUUUAUUUGUUGACUGGACGUGACGUGUGUCUCUGUGUGUGUGUGUGUGUGUGUUUGUGUGCGUGUGUGUGUGUGAAAACAUCAGCUUCCUGCUCCUGAGUCUGUUGCCCCACACUUCCUGUCACAUGGUCGCCCCCCCCCCCCCCCCGAACAUCACGGAGGCUCAGUUUUCACUUAAAAAUGGCUGCACGUCAAAGUGGCAGCCCAUCUUGGUGGCGCGUCCAAGCACACACUUGAUAAACCAUGCCUGUGAUACGUGAAGUGGCCAUUUUUGAGAGUUUUGCCGCCAUUACCCUCGUUAGCACGUGACAUGAAAGACAACCCCCCUUGGCUCCCACUGAUGCGUCGAAAAACGACACGCCAGACGUAGCGGUAAGAGAGCGCGUCCCUGGUGGUGGGCCUCGCUAUCGCCAUAGCAACCAAGGUGUAGCUUCACGGGUUGCCGCAGCAACGAGGGAGGAGUACAAAAAAGGGACGAGGAACGACAGCAGGUGGUUGCCUUAGCAAUGGAUGGGGAGUUGGAACCCAACCCUGCUGUUCCAGAGGAGGAGGUGGCGACAGCGGGGGCGGCGGCGGCGGCGGGGGAGCACGUGGAGGCCGCUGCGGCUCCCACUGUGGAGACACCAGAGUCGGUUGGCGUGGCAACACAUAACGAUGAGGCGCCGAAGAAGGGCAGCGGCGAGGAUAACGAUGACGACGUGGUUCUGGUAGAGGAGCAUGCCCCCGAGCUGCCGCCCUUAAAUGAGUGUUCAGAGUGCCCUGCUGACAUGGAGACGGAAGACAAGACUCUCGCCGAGGUGACACCGCCCGCCGAGGUGACUCCGCCCGCCGAGGUGACUCCGCCCGCCGAGGUGACUCCGCCCGCCGAGGUGACUCCGCCCGCCGAGGUGACUCCGCCCGCCGCGGUGACGCCGCCCGCCGCGGUGACGCCGCCCGCCGCGGUGACACCGCCCGCCGAGGUGACGCCGCCCGCCGCGGUGACACCCGACGCUUCUGAGCCCUCCAACCCCGCCUCGGCGGUUGAGCCCAUCGUUAUUGACGAUGAGGAGGAGCCUGAGGAGAACCUGGGCAGCUCCUCGCCUGCCACCCUCAGCAGUGUGGAACCACAUUCAGAGAUCCGCAUCGCCAACGUCACCACGCUGGGCAAGAAAAGAGGCGCUGACGCCAAAACGUCACCAGGGGAUGCCCAAGCCGACUUGAUGAUCACCUCGGUGACGUCACUGCAGGGCGGACCAAUGUCGGGCGACGCCGCGGCAGAAGAAAACGGUCUACAAAUCGGCAGCGCUUUCAGCCUGAAUUCCGACGCAACGUCUGGAAGACCGAGUGCUUCCUUCAACCCUGGGCGGGGAUCGGCGGUGCAAAACGGUGACACGGGGACGCACAACAGAACAGACUCAUGGAUUUCCCAGUCAGCGUCGGUGCCUCGCAACCAAAAGCAAACGGGGGUGGACUCUUUAUCCACCGCCACUUCCCUGCCCAAACCUCCGGGACAGUCUUCCUCCUCCUCGCCAGGCACCCAGCCGCAACCCAGGACGGUGAAGGUGACGUGUGCAAACUGUAAGAAGCCUCUGAAGAAAGGUCAGACAGCGUACCAGCGCAAAGGGUCCACACACCUCUUCUGCUCCACCACCUGCCUGUCUGCCUUCUCGCAUAAACCUCCACCCAAAAAAAGCUGCACCAUGUGUAAAAAGGACAUCACCAACAUGAAAGGUACCAUCGUGGCCCAGGUGGACUCAAGCGAGUCCUUCCAGGAGUUCUGCAGCACCGGCUGCCUGGGCGCCUACGAGAACAAGCAAAACCCACCCAAGUCCAGCCUCAAAACCAAAUGCACAGUCUGUGGAAAGCUCACCGAGAUCCGACAUGAGGUGAGCUUCAAGACGGUGACGCACAAGAUCUGCAGCGACAUGUGCUUCAACGUGUACCGCAGAGCCAACGGUCUCAUCAUGAACUGCUGCGAGCAGUGCGGAGACUACCUGCCUACCAGGGCUUCCGCCAACCACUUCAUGCUGGUGGAUGGACAGCAGAAGCGCUUUUGCUGCCAGAAAUGCAUUAAGGACUUUAAGCAGGCUCACAGUAAGCUGGCGAGCUGCCUGACGUGCAAGACGCUGAUCAAGACAGGCGAGGUGGUCCUGGGCCUGGCCGCCGACGGUGCCAUGGGCUCCUACUGCUCCACCAACUGCAUGAACAAGGCCAAGAUGGCCGCUGCCACCUUCCACCACGCGGAGCCAUCAUGUCACUUCUGCAAGAGGAACUCUUUACCUCAGUACCAGGCCACGCUGCCUGAGGGAAACGUCCUCAACUUCUGCAGCUCGAUCUGUGUGACCAAGUUCCAGAACGCCACCCUCCAGACGGCCACCAACGGAGAGACCGCACUGUCCACUAACAAAAACAAUGCGGUGCAGCUCAAGUGUAACUACUGCAGAGGAGCAUUCAGCGUCAAGCCAGAGACACUGGAGUGGGAGGACAAAGUGUACCACUUCUGCAGCAAGGUGUGCUGCGACGACUACAAGAAGCUGCACUGCAUUGUCACCAUGUGUGAGUACUGCCAGGAGGAGAAGACGCUGCAAACUACUGCCAACUUCUCUGGCGAGAAGAAGCCCUUCUGCAGCGAAGGGUGCAAGUUGCUGUUCAAGCAGGACUUCAUAAAGCGUCUUGGCCUGAAGUGCGUCAGCUGCAACCACUGCAGCCAGAUGUGUAAGAGAGGUGUCACGCGGCAGCUUGGCGGUAUGACCCGGGACUUCUGCGGCGAGCCUUGCGCCAAGAAGUUCCAUGACUGGUACCACAAGGCGGCGCGCUGCGACUGCUGUAAGGUUCAGGGCCAGCUGACCGAGUCUGUAAUGUGGCGUUCGGAGAUGAAGCAAUUCUGCGACCAGCAGUGUCUACUCAGGUUCUACUGCCAGCAGAACGAGCCCAUCAUGGCCACGCAGAAAGGGCCCGAGAACAGCUGCACGGGCAUUGAAUCGCAAGCUUCCAAACUUGGGCUGGUAAGCCAGGGCACGGCGGCAUACGCGGGCAGCGGCCUGAUGAGAGACGUCAAAAACAAGGCAGUCCUCUGCAAGCCGCUCACCCUCACGAAGGCCACCUACUGCAAGCCACACAUGCAGAGCAAGACCAUACAGACGGAUGUGGAUGACGGUGUGAAGCGGGAAUACAUACCUGUCCCGAUCCCCGUGCCCGUCUUCAUCCCCAUACCCAUGAAUAUGUAUUCGCAGUUAGCACCCACGCCGCUCUCCAUGCCUCUACCGCUCCCCGUCCCCGUCUUCCUACCCACCACCCUGCAGAGCACCGAGCAGAUCGUUCAGACCAUCCAGGAGCUCAGAAGCCAAGCGCCCUCAGUCCCCGUGGCCACCCAAAAGGACCCGCUGUCCCCGACAGAGGCGACAUCGGAUGACCAGAAAGCAGACGUGAAGCUGGAGAAGGAGACAAGUGAGCAUGAAGAUGAAAAGAUGGUCACCGCCAGUCCAGAGGAGCAGGUGAAGGAAGGUAAUAUGGAUCCGAAGGAGGAGGUAAAGGAGGAGGAAGAGGAGGGAGACUACAUGGACCUGGAGGAGGACUUUCCUCAAGCUUCAGUAUCAGUCUCAGAGGACAUGGAGGAACGUGAGGACGAGCCGGCGCCACGACCUCAGCCAAGGACACAAGGGAACAAGAGGCUGGCGGUGAAACGCAGCUUGGUCAGAGCCUCGUCCCUUUGCUCACCGCCCCUGAAAGCUCUCUACGGCAUCAACGCCUUCAGACGCUGGAUGGGCUCAGGUGGAAAAGAAGGGUCCACAGCCGACCCCCAAGCGUCCAGUCCAGCUCUGGUGAAUCCCGCCGAGACUGACGUACUGCAAAUGUGCGCCGACGAGCUGAACGGCAAGCUGUGUGGCUUUGUAAGGGAGGUGUGCCGGCCCAAUGGGGAGCGAUACGCCCCAGACAGCAUCUACUACCUCUGCCUCGGCAUCCAGAAGCAUCUUUACACCAAUGGCCAACAGAGUGACAUCUUCAGCGACUCCUGCUACCAGGAGUUUGGGGAGGAGCUUAAUAAGGUUCUGAUCGACUGGAAGCCCAGCCUGCUUCCUGAUGGCUUAGCCUGGAGCCGUGUGGACGAGCGGUGCCUGUGGGCGGGCGGGCAUCUGGGCGGCACAACGCCCGCCGUCCUUCUGCGCUCACUGGUCUAUCUGAACGCCAAGCGCCUCCGCCUGCACAGCACCCAGCAGCACCGACGGCUGUCCUUUGCCCAAGUCUACGGCCCGAGGGCCAUGCACCCAGUCAUCACCGGGGAGAGCCGCGUGUCUUCUCCUGUCUCUCAGGUAGAAAAGGACUCUCGCAAGAGGAAGCUGGACCAUCAGGAGUGUGAAGAAGACAACGACAUGGGACCACUUGGUCCUGUCACGGAGCAAGAGCAACACCUUUUCUGGCUUUACCGCUCUAAGUGCCCGGCGUCAUUGCUGGAGUGCUCGGACUUCUUCUAUGCUCAGCCUGAGGCCGCCUGGGACGGCAACGGGGCCUGGUUCACCUCCGAGCCGCUGGAGCGCCACACGCUGGAGACCCUCCUCGCCAGAGUCCUACUGGUGCGGGACAUCUACACGGACUCGCAGGAGCAAGAGGAGAAAGGUGGCGCCGAGUAGCACGUCUGGUUUGGACGCGUAGAUUGUUAGUUAGAUCCACAGGAAGACCAUAGUGAGUAGCUCUUCCAACAAUUUCUUAUGUAAACCUCCUUCAUUCCUACCACGGAGCUGCAUGAGACGCCGCCCAUGGCUAGAAAAACUGGGCACGGGUGUGGGGUGGUUUUCCAGAAUGUUCCUGGGAUUGUUUUGGGGAUGGGUGGCAUCUGGACAGUUACGGAAUGUUUUAGCCUGCUAAUGAUCCCGAUAUGCUGUCACCAAGCCUGAAUUAAACGCCGGUGAUGUCGUUUGGAGAGUUAGUUUAGGCACAAGCCCAUGCACCUGAUUUAGGCUUUGGAAAAGACAAAUCAGGAGAACUGUUAGCAUGUACUCUUAGCAUCCCAUACCUGAAAUGCUUUUCAUUGGACAGCGAGUGGUGCUAUGAUGUCUGCAGGAAGAAGUCCAAUAUUUCAGAAGGGACGGGUAAUUCGGCUGCCAUACAUUUUGUCCUUUGAUUGAUGUCACAUCCGUUGAGAAAUGGCACCGCCAUUAUGCGCCUUGAACCUUUUCUCAACGUUGAGCUACAUGCUUUCUGCUGCAGAAAAAGUCCUAGUAUUUCAGAAGGGACUAGUAUUCUGGCUGAGAAGUUAUAGCACACCUGUCCUGAAGUGGCCAAGCAUUUUGUCAUUUGUAAGUCACAUCUAUUGAAAUAUGGCACUGGUAUUACAUGCACUCAAAGAUGUUUCGCAAUAUUUGCAGAUGCGUGCAUUUUGCUCCAGAAAAGUUAUAGAUCCCCUGUGUUGAAGUAGCCAAGCUUUGAAGUUACAUUCAUUAAGAAAUGGCACUACUGUUAACACGCCUUAACAACUUUUCCACCAAAUUUUCAGAAUCCAGAAUUUUGCCACAAAAAAAGGUAAAAUGUUCCAAAGGGAGAAGUAUUUGGGCUGAGAAAAAGCACGGCUGUUACAUGCUCUUAAAUUUUUUUUUGCAAAAUCUGGAGAUGGGAUGCUAUUUGCUGCAGAAAAACUACAAUAUUUCGGACGGGAGAAGUAUAUUGGCUGCGAAAAGUAAUAGCACACCCGUGCCUAAGAAGCUGCACAUUUGGAGAAAUGCCGUUCCUAUUACGCAGCGUUUAAUAAUUACAGCUACAUUUUUUGUGACACUAUGCUCACAGGAAAAGCCAAAUUGUUCGGCAUGCACAAGUAAUUGGGUUGAGCAUAGUAAUUAGUUAGUCCAUGCGUUUUAAGUUUCAUAGCUGCAUUCUUUAGACAGUGAUUCUGUUUGCCCAAUAGCUUGGAACGUGCAAAUAUUUAAGCUGAGCAAGGCAAUACCACACCCGCCCCGAACUUGAUGUACAUUUUGUCCUCUGAUUGACAUCACAUCCAUUGAAAAAUGACACUGCUAUUUCCUUUUGUCACUUUUGGAGAUGCUUGGGUUUUCCAGCGAUGCCAUGUUUGCCCAGUAGCUUGAAAGGUGCAACUAUUUAGAAAAGUAAUAACACACCCGCCAUGUGACAUUUUGUCACAUCUGUUGUGAAAUAUCAUCGCGCAUAGUUAAAACUUUUUCUUUUUCCAUUGUAGCUCUUAGUCCAAUUGCUUGUAAUGUACAAGUAUUUGGGAGAAAAGUAAGUUUAAAAAGUUUUGUCAUCCAGUUUGUUGUUUUCAGAAGUCCAAUAUUUCGGAACCUACAAGAAUUCAGGUUGAGCAAAGUUAUACCACAUCCGUUCAGAACUAAAGCUACUUUUUUUAAUUUAUUUUUUUUAUUGUAGCAUCCGUUGAAAAAAAGAAAAAAAAAAACCUGUUCUUGCACCUACAAAUAUUCGGGCUGAGAAAAAAGGUGGCACACUCGCCAUGAACUAGCCACACAUUUUGUCAUUUGUAAUUGCAAGAUUGAGACUUAUUACACUCUGUUUAAUUUUAUGGUGACUUGUUUUCAGGAGAAAUCCAGUAUUUUGGAAUCUGAGUAUUCGGGCUGAGCAAAGUAAUACCACACCUGUUCUGAACAAGAGGCACAUUUGUCUUUUGAUGCCACGUUUGUUAAGAAAUGGCACCCUGUUUCACACCAUCAAAUGUUUGCAGAAUUUGGAGAUACUUUUACUAUACCUAUGCUUUCUGUUGCAUUAGUAGCUACCUACCCCCCAUACAAAAGAGCAAAGUAGUUUGCAAGCAGCCACUAGACGGUGCAAUGGCCACAAUAUCUUUCCAAGCGACAUCACCAUGGCUCUUCCGAGGCUCUGCGAGGCUAAUAAGCUACACAUUGACAUGCUGCGUGUCUCCGUUAGCUCGAUGUAGUGUUGCACGCUAACUAGGUUCAGAUUGUUUUGGCGGCGUCUCUUUGACAAAGAAGGGGUGGUAUGAACUGGUAUGGUCACAAAAGGGACAAAAACCAAACCCCGAACCAUUUUUUUAAAAAACAUAUUUAUUUCUCCUUAUUUCUCCCUGAGUCCUUUUUGUACUUUUUCUUCUUUCCCAAGAAGCUUGUUUAAAAAAAAAAAAAUACAUAAAAAAAUAAAAAAUUUAAAAAAAGCAGACACUCCACAGAAAAACGUGAAGGACGGACCUGGUCACUGGUUUUUCGUUGUCCCGUUUACUUUGAUGCUUCAUUCAUUUGGUUUCUCCCAAGAAAAUGAAAGCUAAACUCAGGUUUGCAUUGGAAGGAUUCACCAUCACAAUGACUUAAAAUUCAUAUUAUUACUACUUCCUGUAUUUGCUUGGUUUAAAUUAUGGCUCUUGAACUUAAUUUGAACGAAUUGCAGUGAUGAGUGGAGCAUCUUUUUCUGAGUUAAGCGCUGUUUGAUCUGCCUACAGGGAUGCCGGUCGGGUUUGCUCCUCAGUACUAGAGUCAAAUAGGAAAACCUUUACGCAAGCCCGUCGGGGCGAUGUCGGUGCUGACCCGGGUGUCGCCGCUGACUUGGGUGUGAAUGUGCCUCAGUGUGUAAAUAUGAACGUGUGUGUGCGUGUGCGUGUGCGCACAUCUGCUGGUGUGCUUGUGUUCAAUAAAUGACUUUUUUUUUUCUAA